AGAGCCGCCCUGCCCACAGCGCUCGCACGGCUCCCGGGGCACACGGGGCGAGCUCGGGGCCGGUCUCUCGGGGGGAACGGCCCCGGCUUUCCCCGGGCGGGGCGGGGACAGGGCCGGGCACCGCCGCUCUCCGUGCGGGGCGGGCCGGGGGCGGGCGCUGCCCGCGGAGCCUCGGGCGGGAGCGCAGCCCCGCAUCCGCACCUGGGCGGCCAGGAGAGACCGCAUCCGCACCUGGGCGGCCAGGAGAGACCGCAUCCGCAGCCGGGCAGCGCCGGCAGCCGCCCGGCCCCAUCCCGCCAGCAUGAGCGGCCGCGGCGGGGGAGCCGCGCCGGGCGCCGCGGGGCUCUGCCCCGGCCAUGGAUGAGGUCUCUCCUAUGGACAUUGGACUCCCAUCUGCCUGUGCCUGCUGCCUGUGAUGGAAGAGCUUGAUGUGAAUGUGAGUUCGAGUGAGGGCUUCGGCAUCGCGGAGAAGAUCGUGCUGCUCUCCUUCAUCUCCGCCGUCAUCCUGAUGGCCAUCCUGGGCAACCUGCUGGUCAUGGUGGCCGUGUGCCGGGACAGGCAGCUCAGGAAAAUCAAGACCAACUAUUUCAUCGUUUCCCUGGCCUUUGCUGACCUGCUGGUGUCGGUGCUGGUGAUGCCCUUUGGAGCCAUGGAGCUGGUCCAGGACAACUGGAUCUACGGAGAGAUGUUCUGCCUGGUGAGGACCUCCCUGGACGUGCUGCUGACCACAGCCUCCAUCCUGCACCUCUGCUGCAUCUCCCUGGACAGGUACUAUGCCAUCUGCUGCCAGCCCCUGGUGUACAGGAACAAGAUGACCCCGCUGCGCAUCGCGCUGAUGCUGGGGGGCUGCUGGGUGAUCCCAACCUUCAUCUCCUUCCUCCCCAUCAUGCAGGGCUGGAACAGCAUUGGCAUCAUUGACCUGAUCCAGCAAAGGCAGUUCAACAAGGCCUCCAACUCCACCUACUGCAUCUUCAUGGUGAACAAGCCCUACGCCAUCACCUGCUCCGUGGUGGCCUUCUACAUCCCCUUCCUGCUGAUGGUGCUGGCCUACCACCGCAUCUACGUGACGGCGCGGGCGCACGCGCGGCAGAUCCGCCUGCUGCAGCGCGCGGGGAACCCGGCCGAGCCCCGCCAGGGCCCCCAGGAGCCACGGCAGGGCCCCCAGGAGCCACGGCAGGGCCUUCAGGAACCACGGCAGGGCCCUCAGGAGCCACGGCAGGGCCCCCAGGAGCCACGGCAGGGCCUUCAGGAGCCACGGCAGGGCCUUCAGGAGCCCCAUCAGGGCCCUCAGGAGCCACGGCAGGGCCCUCAGGAGCCACGGCAGCACCCCCCUGACCAGCACAGCAGCCACCGCAUGAAAACCGAGACCAAAGCUGCCAAGACCCUGUGCAUCAUCAUGGGCUGCUUCUGCCUCUGCUGGGCCCCCUUCUUUGUCACCAACAUCGUGGAUCCCUUCAUUAACUACACGGUGCCCGGCAAGCUGUGGACGGCCUUCCUGUGGCUGGGCUACAUCAACUCGGGCUUGAACCCUUUCCUCUACGCCUUCCUCAACAAGGCUUUCAGACGUGCCUUCCUCAUCAUCCUCUGCUGCGGCGACGAGCGCUACCGAAGGCCUUCCAUCCUGGGCCAGACCGUGCCCUGCUCCACCACCACCAUCAACGGCUCCACGCACGUGCUGAGUGGCUGUUCCUCUGUCUCCAAGCUCCUCCUGCUCUUCUGCAGCAGACCAGCUCCUGUCUAGCCAUGACCAUGCUCUGUACACGGUUUUACACAACGGGCACCACCAGGAACAAGAGAAGCUUCCCAUCCACACCGACCCUGAAUCCCAGGAGUCCUGUUUCUAGUCCUGGCCCAGAAGAGGAGGAACAGAGGCCUUUUAGGCUAUCCCAAGGAUUCACAGACAGCAGGACUUGAAAAUCCACCCAUCUGCAUUGUCCUGCCGUGAAUUCCCAGGAAUGUGCAGCUGUGGGAGCCGGGUGGGAGCACGGGGAGGGUCAGGACUGCUGUCCCUGUCCCUGUCCCUGCAGGAGCGGCUGGAGCACAGCUGUGCCAGAGCCCUGCUCCAGGAGUGAAGCAUUCCCAGCAAAGCCAGGACCAAAACAGCUCCAAACCAGCCCGUGCAGGGACUCCUGCUGCUCCUUUCCAGCUGCUCCUUUCCUUUCCAGCUGCCCCUGCUCAGCUCAGCCCACCCUGGAGGUCACAGCUGUGGGGUGGCACCGAGCUGCUCCAUCCCUGCCGGCUCUGCCUGGAGCCUGGGCACUGCCAGGGAGGAGCAGCCCCACGAUUUCUCCAGGAGAACAAGAGGAGAUGUCUGCUGCCCUUUGGUUCCAGCCCCAGCUGCUGCUUGCCCCACGCUGCAGAGCUCUGCAAUGCCCUGGUGCUGUUUCCUGGCCAGGGAGGAUCCCAGCGUGAGCAGGAGCUGAGUGGGACCAGCAGGGCCAGCCCAGCUCAGAGCCAUGGCCCUGCUCUGCCAUUCCCAGGGGAUGGGACGUGCCCUGGAGCCCGGAGCUGUCCCCAGCCCUCCCCUGAGCAAACUUUGGGCAUUCUGAGGCAGCAGAAGCUUGGCCAGGAGCCAGAGCCAAUGGAUCACUAAGUGCCAUCUUGGAAAACAAACCACUUAAACCCUUUUCUAGCUACACUUGGAAGAGAGACUUCUACUUACCUUUGCCACCUUUAUUUUUCUAUUUGUUGCUGGUCUCUCCCAGUCGAGGCAAGAAGUUUUCCAGACUUUCCAGUCUCACCUUUGCAAAGAUCUCAGUCCUCAGCUGCUUCCUGCAUGUCGGUGUUGCCACGCUCCUCGUGGGCUGCUUCCCCCUUUGCAUGGGAAGGGUGGGCAAGGCUCUAAACUCCACACAUUUGGGAGAAGGAUUUUCAUGUGGGAUCAAGACCGCGAGCCUCGACCCUUUUUAGGUGAAGAUCAACCCCAAGAUGCCACCCUGAGCCUAGAAAAUGCAAUUGUACUUUGUCAUAUCGUGGAACCAUGUACAGAUAUUUUUAAUGUACAAAGAAAAGCUGACAUUAUUUAUUAUUUUUUAUCAGGAACAUGUGGUUUUUUCAUUAAAAGCUUCUCGACCAAGGAGCUUAACAUUCUAUGUAUUAUUAUUUAGUAAUAUUUCUGUUGCUAUGUGACAGGUAUUUACUGUAAACAGACAAAUCCUGCUCAGAACAAACAAAAACGUUGCUCAGUAGGAGAAAUAUUGUGCAUGAGAAGAACAAGUGGCUUCCUGGCCAUGGUGUCUGACUUCUUUAAAUAUUUCUUCCACAGCAAAGUCACUGGUAAAGCUUCACACCCUUUUCCUGUAGGAUUCAGGACACAGAAACAGCCCCAGCUGGAAUGCUGAGGUAGAAAACUGCUGGCUGCUGGAAAGACACAAAUUAUUGGUGUUUGUGGUGGAAGGUGCUCCUGGUUCAUCUCUGGGACCUGGUUGGCAAUGACCUGUUUUUACAGGGUUGUAUUUCCAAAAAAAAUCAUGUAACUUUACUCUUGACAUAGAACAGUGGAGUGAAAAAAAGCCAUUAUUGAAAAUUUGGGAAAAAAAAACCACCCAGGGCUGCUUCAGUGCUGUGAUCCUCCCCUCUGUGGAAGUGCCCACAGGGGUUUGUUGGGCUUUGGGCACACGAAGCUGCAGAAAAGCUUGGCUUGGUUUCACCUCAAGUGUCAAAUUUCUUGAAGAAAUCCUCAAAAAAAGCUUUUCUCUGUCCCCAUUGAAGGGCAUCAAAUCUUGGUGUGAAAUUUCCUGGAGUGAGAUGGAACCAGCAGCACAGGGAGGGGUUCUUUGGUUCUGCUUUGUCCUUCAGGCAUUGUUUUCUCCUUUAUUUUUAUGUGCAUUAGGAAAAGAUCUCUUUUUAAUUUAAAACAAACUCCCAGUUUCCCCAGGGACAACAUCCCCAAGGCUCUGUCAAUGGGAGCAGUGGCUCACCAGCCAAAAUGGCCAAAGGCUCUCCCUGGGAAAAGGCUCCCCCCUUCCAGCUGGAUGAAAUUCCAAACACCAAAUGCCCAUGUCCUGGAUGGACACCAGGACACCUCUAAUCCCUCCCUGGGCUCAGCAAACCUGCCAGGACCCACCUGGCAGCUCCUGCUCGCUCAGCCAAUAAUCCCAGCACAGCUUCCGUGACCCGGCAGCGCCCUGUGCCAUCAGCAGUGGAGAACUCCCCUGGAAAAGAGGGGGUCUCACAGAAAGCCCCUCUCUGGAUUCCCCUGGCUGCUCCUGUGGCCUCCCAGCUCAGCUCUGCCCAUCUUGGCUGGUGGUGCCAGUCCUUGCCCGUGCUCAGUGACGUGUGCUGCAGUGGCUGUUCCUGAAAAUAAAAACUCUGGACAUGGCA